AAAAAAAAAAAAAAAAAAUCCAAACGCCCAAGUACUUCGUAACUCACCUCUAAAAUCUCAGCUACGACAGCAGGGCAUCUCACAAAAUGACGACCAAGAUAGUCGCGGUGGCCGCCCUGGGUCUGCUCUGUCACGCUAAUGCGGUCAGCGCCCAGAACAACUCGGGCGCCUGUUCCACAGUUCUAGAACCAGCAAAUGGAAAGCCUGUUUUCGGAGGUGGAUGGGUCGGACAACUCGCCGCUAAUAAUCUCAACUCUCCUCGCGGCAUUAUUCUGGACAAAAACGGAAACCUCUUGGUUGUGGAAAGAAGUCGCGGAAUUCGGAGGAUAACCUGGAAAGACGAUGGCGGUGUGUGCGUCAACGUGGACAAGUCCGAAUCCUUGGUGCAGAUGAGUGAGCUGAACCAUGGCAUCGAGCUAUCUGAGGACGGCAAGACGCUAUAUGCUUCAACUGCCGAUGUCGUGUACUCCUGGAACUACGAUGCCGCCGCAGGAACCGUCAGUGACAGAAAGACACUUGUUCAGAACAUGACCAACUCAGGCCACACAAGUCGCACUUUGAUGCUUUCGCGCAAACAAAAGGGCAUGCUUCUCGUUUCCCGUGGCUCGGCCGAGAACAUGGACAUGACGACUCGCAACGUAGCGUCAGGGAUAUCUCAGAUACGCGCAUUUGACCUCAACAACAUGCCUAACGGUCGGCCUUUCAACCAUGCAUCCGAGGGCGAGCUGAUUGGCUGGGGUUUGCGAAAUUCUGUGGGCAUUGCAGAGCACCCGGUUACCGGCGGCAUCUACAGUGUCGAGAACUCGGCAGACGACGUCGAGAGGAUGGGCCGAGACAUCCACCGAGACAAUCCUGGAGAGGAAAUGAACUCGCACGGUGCACUGAACGACAGCUCUUUGCACGGCCGCAAUUAUGGCUAUCCUGAUUGCUUUGCUUUGUGGGAUACCAAUAUCCCUGACCGGGGCAACUUGAAUACCGGGAGCCAGUUCGCUCUCGGUAACAUCGACGGAGUCAACGAUGAGAAGUGUGCCAAGGAUUAUCAGGCACCUAGGCUAACCUUUCAGGCCCACACUGCGCCCCUUGAUAUAAAGUUUUCAAACGAUGGCAACGAGGCCUACGUUAGCUUCCAUGGAAGCUGGAAUCGCGAUGAUCCCGUUGGAUACCGCCUGUCACGCAUUCAGUUCGAAAACGGCGAGCCCAAGGAGCGUCCUGAUAGCCGCAAUUCAACGUCAGACAUCAUGUCCAAUCCCAAUCUUUCCGCCUGCCCACGAGGCUGCUUUAGGCCCGUCGGACUGGCCGUUGACUCUAAAGGUCGAAUCUUUAUGAGUUCAGACAGCACUGGAGAAAUCUAUGUUUUGCAACAAUCUGAAAAGUCCACCGGCGGCAUCGGAAACGGUAGCAACAAUGCUGGUGGCAGUAACGGCAGCGCCGCCCGUAAGUUAACAGCAACUCACCUAUAGCUGCUUUUGCUGCUGUUCGUGAAUAUGGUUGCCCCGAAAUAGUAAAGACAACAGUAGUCUUUCGUGGUGUAAUCUGGUUCAUGGACACGCAAUAUGAGAGCUACCCUAGCCCCAUGACUUGAAAGCCCCGAAUUCCUUUUUGCCCACAAACAUUUUAACUAACGUCAGGGUCGUUGGGUGGAAAUAUAGCUUAUCUUAGUAGCUCAAGUCUACUCGGAAGUCUCCUGCUUAUGCUGUACUAUUGCUUCACCGGACUAGUGCGCUAGUCCAGAAAACUUGGCGAAUAGAGCACCACGGAGAUGUUAUUUUUACUCGCAGGGUCCUACAGAACCAGACAGGCAGUCAACAAAUGACGAGAAGUUACUAUUCAGUCUCGUGAAUAGACUUUGUGUGAUCCGUGAAACAUUUACUUACUAAUCUUGCGCGACCUGUUUUCAUUGUCAUGGCCUCGUUGGCUAGCCGGUCAUGGAUGUUUCAAUAUAUGAGUCAGCGAGCUUGGAAUUUGGAUUCUGGUGCAUCACUGUCCCAGGCAUGAUCCACUGAUUGCAUACGAUAAGGGAAAAUGUGGGGUUUGCGGCUCAGCCGUCGUUGAUUAGCAUUAACGGAUAUUAACAAGUACAGUAAGAUACUUGAGAAGAGAGUCCUCAAGUUCUUAUGAUUUCCACCGUCUCGCCCCAGCCAGCUCGAGCCAUCCAGAAAAUCGCGUUGAGAGGCGUGGUCAAGAGACCCAGGACGCCGCCAAGAACACCCUUGAAAAUCUCAGGCCCCCAUUUGGGAUUAAAAACAGGAUCGUUCCCGUACCGGGUCGAGCCGAGUGACAGCAGAGCGCCGAUUGACGGCGGCCACAGAACCAAGACGCUAGGUACAGCUAGAAAGAGGCUUCUGAGGGCCUGGGCGACCACAAAGGCGAGGAAGCCCUUGGGGCCGUUGCCUGUGCAAUGGGCGGCGGACCUGUCGUCGUCGAGGAGAAAUAGCCAGCGUAGAAAGCGAGACUUGGGUCUGGGCAGGGACUGGAGUCUGAGGGGUUCGACCUUGUUGCCACGAAGGUCCCCCUUUAAGAUGGCGCUUUCUAUGAACCACGUGACUAGACACUGGAUGAUGAUGGUGACGGCCGUGUCCCCGGCAAGGGUGUUGGGGAACUGCCAGACCCUGAUUGGGUGCGUAUCGGGAUCUUGGUUGGCGUACAUUGCAUAUGCAAUUCCAAAAUUGAUGCCUCCUGAUAUCAGCAUGGCACCGAUUCCGUGCAUGCCCAGGAUGUAAAAGAUCUGGUGGGCAGUCAACCUCUUGGCGGGCUGGACAUGGUCAUAUGUCUUUUGGCCUGAUCCUGCCGCAUCAUCCGGCAAUACGUGCUGGCUCUCGACGUCUUGCGGGACGACGACGGUCGUCUCGGUGUCGUGAGACGGCCGAGCUGCUUCGGCAGCCACUGAUCGGAGCCGGUCCAUGCGGGUGGAUAUUUUUUUGGCCUGCCUGAGUGGUAACCUGAGUACGCCAAGAGGGGCGUGUUGAAUAUUAUAGAGACAGGCUGGGACUUUGUCACGAUAGCUUGCUGUAGAAGUAGAAUAUAAAGAUGAAACAAAUUGAGUAGUACAGUUUCAGAAUGAUGGGAAUACGAUUUUCUAGAAGGAAACAAAAAACGACUGUUUGUUUGACUCUCUUUCCUAACAAAAAAAAAGAAAAGUCCAACUCAGCACCUGUUCGCCCAGAAACUAAUGACUUGACCCUGGGGACGGAAGCACCGGGAUUCCAACAGGGUUCAAUUCAAAUCUCGGCCCAAAAAAAAAAGUUGUCAAGUGCCACUCUGGACCAGAACCCUUUCCUCGGCGCGGUCGGCAAACGUGAACCGUCCUAACCGCUAAUUGUCUUAGAGUCUGCAAUGGUGCGAUGUAACUCCAUUUUUUGCGAGAAAACGCCAUGUCCCCCUUAUGUGUCAAGAAUUUUG